AUGAGGACCCUCCGAUUGCCAUCUGUACCUGUCAUUGAUCUUCAGAAAUUGGCUUCUGUGGAUUAUGAACUGGAGAGGUUGCACUUAGCUUGCAAAGAAUGGGGAUUCUUUCAGAUUCGUACUAUUAUAAACCAUGGAGUUAGUAUUUCAUUUCUGGAGAAAUUCAAGUUGGAAAUUGAAAAUUUCUUCAAGCUUCCAUAUGAAGAAAAGAAGCAGUUGUGGCAGGAGCAAGACAACCAUGAAGGAUUUGGGCAGCUCUUUGUGGUUUCAGAGGAUCAAAAGCUAGACUGGUCAGAUAUGUUCUACAUCACAACCCUUCCACUGAAUCUGAGGAACACUCAACUCUUUAACAAGCUUCCUCCAAAUCUCAUGUGUCUCAAUCUCUCUAUUUCCAUCUGCCCAAUUCAACUCUUCUAA